AUGACCGAAUUCUUGCAAGAUUUGCACCGGGACCUGAGCAUGGAAGAUGGUUUCCCACUUCCGCAAGGGCUGGUGAUCGAAUUUCAGGCGUUCCGGGGAACGACGCUCGAAGGUGGGGAUGAGAUGGUGGGAGAUGUGUUUGAAGGAAGGGAGAUGGUACAUGCCAAGGUGUUCACGGAGGAUGGGGAUCACGGAUGGGCACCCGGCGCAGCUCAGGCUGUCUUGCCGACCGGCAUACCGACCUCAGCCACAGCAUCCGCCAGGCUCAGGCGGGACACCGGUCUGAUUGCAGCUCGGAACUGGCCAUAUGUGGGACGCGCGAUCUCCUCGUGA